GCGGAAUACUCUGCCGUGGAAAGCAAGUCGGAAUGCCUGGAAAACACUCGGGUCCGGAUUCAGGAAUCGAUACUCGGUCACUUGGAGAAACAGGAGCACCGGUUUGUUUGGCUUCGUGGCUCCCCCGGCACUGGAAAGACUGCUAUAUCGAUGAGUGUCGCCUCAACGCUCGCUAAGCGGCGCCGCUUGGCAGCGUCUUUCUUCUGGGACAAAAACCAAGUGGGAACAGGAGUUGAUUCGAUUAAGUACUUUCCCUCUACUCUUGCACGCCAGCUUGCCUUGUUCAACACCGAGUACGGGAGUCUUCUUGUCAAUCAGCUUCGACAGCCCUCUUCACUGGAGGGCGUUCCAGGUUCUGCUCUGGAAAAGCAGAUGAGAGCUUGGAUCGUCGAACCCAUGCUCAAACUCUUAUCUUUGGGUGAGGAGCGCUUCAUCGUCAUCUUGGAUGGACUGGAUGAG